CUCCUAUUGACACCACAUUUGAAAACGAAAAAUGAAGGUUUUUCUAUUAUUAUUCAAUAUUAUUAUCAGUGUUACUAUCGCACAACAAUUAAGCUUACAAUAUGAUGAUAUAUGGAAACAAUGGAAAUUGAAAUACAACAAAACUUAUUCAGACAAUAAUGAAAUCAAAAGGAAGGCAAUAUUCAUGAGAUAUGUGGAGAAAAUUCAACAACACAAUCUUCGACAUGAUUUAGGCUUAGAAGGAUAUACAAUGGGUUUAAAUCAAUUUUGUGAUAUGGACUGGGAAGAAUUGAAAACAAUUAUGUUUUCUAAAGUGUUUGGCAAUAGUCCUUUAUGGGAUGAUAAGAAAGAAGAAUUAAAAUUCUCCAAUAAACCAUUGCCAACAAAAUGGGAUUGGCGUGAUCAUGGUGUAGUUACUCCAGUUAAAGAUCAGGGUAUGUGUGGAUCAUGUUGGGCAUUCUCAGCUGCUGGAGCAGUUGAAGGUCAAUUAAUGAAAAAACACAAGAAAUUAAUUAGUCUAUCAGAACAACAACUAGUUGACUGUAGUUAUAAAUAUGGAAAUGAUGGAUGUCAUGGUGGUACAAUGGAUCAAUCAUUCGCUUACUUAGAAAAAUACCCAAUUGAGUCAGAGAAAGAUUAUAAGUAUAAAGGACAUGACUCAUCAUGUCAUUUUCGUAAAUCAAAAGGUGUUGUGAAAGUGAAGAAAUUUGUUGAUUUACCAGAUAGUGAUGAAGAAAAAUUACAAAAAGCUCUUUAUCACUAUGGACCAAUUUCAGUUGCUAUUGAUGUAUUGGAUGAUCUUAUGCUAUAUAAGAGUGGAAUAUAUGAAUCAAAACAAUGUUCACCAUUCUUCUUGAAUCAUGCUGUAUUAGCUGUUGGUUAUGGUAGAGAAAAUAGAAAAGAUUAUUGGCUUAUUAAAAAUAGUUGGGGUACUACAUGGGGUAUGAAUGGAUAUUUUAAAUUAAGAAGGAAUAAACAUAAUAUGUGUGGUAUUGCAACAAAUGCCAGUUUCCCAUUAUUGUAAUCUAUUCAUUAUAUUUUAGUUUAAAAUAAAAAAAAACAAGUAUUCAUCAUAUGUCUUUUGUUUUUUUUUAAUCGAUUGUAGUCAUCAUUAUAUGAAGUAGUUACUUAGUUACGCCUGUUACCCCUCGUGGUGGAGCAUAAAUCGCGUAUCAGCAUUCUCCAUCCAACCUUGUCUCAAACAAUCCUGUCCAGUUCUUUCUAGUUAACAUUCAUCCUUUUCAUA